AUGGCGAAGAUGAUGGCGGCGGUGAUCCAGGCUGUGCUGACAAUGGUGCUGGCGACGUUGUUUCUUGUGCUGGUGAGGAUGCUGGCGCUGCUGCUCCUGGCUGCGCUGGCAAAUAUGCUGACGUGCGAGCUCGUGGCUGCGAAGGCAAUGGUGCUGCG